GGCGGCGAGGCUGGGAGGGGAUUACGGGCGAUCCAGUUACAACUGCCAUCCGGAGAGGCCUCGAGCUUGUCUUUACAUAUUUGUUCGGGAGAUGGCACAGGUUGCGCAGCCGGUCUUGGGCCUGUGUCGGGGCCCGGUGCUGGCUUUGCUUCGCUUGCCGGGACUCAGGGGGCUUUGUAGUACCCGCUGCAACAAGCAGGUUGAGCCUCUGCAGAGCCACCCACCACGCCGGCCCGUUAGAGCUCCGACAACACAACCAGACCUGAAUAGUUUUGCCUUACGGACUCAUACUUGUGGAGAACUGUGUACUGCUCACAUUGGUCAACAGGUCCAACUCUGUGGCUGGGUUCAGUAUCAGAGACAGGGUGUCUUCAUUGUGCUGAGAGAUUUUGAUGGGUUAACACAGAUUGUUAUACCCCAGGAAAAGUCUACUGCACACCUCAAGAAGAUAUUGUGUGAACUUCCUCUGGAAUCUGUAAUUACUGUCACUGGAACAGUGAUCCCCCGACCACCAGGACAAGCAAAUCUGGAGAUGCCAACAGGAAAAGUUGAAGUGCGAGUGCAGCAUGCUGAAAUUCUGAACAGAUGUAGGAAGCUGCCUUUUGAAAUCAAGGAGCUUGUAAAGAAAUCAGAAGCAUUGCGCAUGCAGUACCGCUACCUGGAUCUGAGGAGUUCCCAGAUGCAGUAUAGCUUGCGACUGCGGUCCCAGAUGGUAAUGAAGAUGAGAGAGUAUCUCUGUAAUUUACAUGGUUUUGUAGAUGUGGAGACUCCAACGUUAUUUAAGAAAACCCCUGGUGGAGCCAAGGAAUUUGUGGUACCCUCAAGGGAGCCAGGGAAGUUUUACUGCCUCCCACAGAGCCCUCAACAAUUUAAGCAGCUGUUGAUGAUAGGGGGACUGGACAGGUACUUCCAAGUGGCUCGCUGUUAUAGAGAUGAGGGUUCAAAGCCCGACCGGCAACCUGAGUUUACCCAGAUCGACAUUGAGAUGUCCUUUGUAGAUCAAGCAGGAAUACGGAAGCUGAUUGAAGGGCUGAUAGUGUAUUCCUGGCCAGAGGAAAAAGGAAAUAUUGACACACCUUUCCCAUCAAUGACUUAUGCAGAUGCCAUGGACAGUUAUGGCGUUGACAAACCCGAUACUCGUUUUGGAAUGAAGAUCGUUGAUGUUAGUGAAGUGUUCAGAAAUACAGAUAUUUCCUUCUUGCGUAAUGCAUUAUCCUGUCCACAUGGUGUCAUUCAGAUGAUCGUAGUUGCUGAUGGAGUGAAACAUUUUAAAAAGAGGGAUUUUGAAUACCUCACUCAGUUGGCAAAAUUUCAGUUUAAUCAGGAUUUAACGUUUGUUAUGCUGCAACCUGAUGGCACGUGGAAAUCUGCAGUUUCAAAAUUCCUUACAGAUAUGGAAAAAUCUCAACUGUGUCACUUGACAAAUAUCCAAAAAGGUGAUGUGCUGAUUCUUGCAGCAGGGGAUCGGACAAAGGCAAAUGUUGCAUUAGGGAAAUUGCGGCUGGAGUGUGCAGAUAUUCUGGAAUCUAAGGGUGUCACCCUCAGAGAUCCAAGUAUAUUCAAUUUCCUCUGGAUCAUUGAUUUCCCACUGUUUCUACCAAAAGAAAGCAGCCCUGAAGAGUUUGAAUCAGCUCACCACCCCUUUACAGCCCCACAUCCAGAUGAUAUCCAUCUCAUCUACACAGAGCCUAACAAGGUGAGGAGUCAACAUUAUGACUUGGUGUUAAACGGCAAUGAAAUAGGAGGAGGCUCCAUUCGAAUACAUAAUAUGGAGCUGCAGAAUUAUGUGCUGGAGACAAUACUGAAGGAAGACAGUGGGUUAUUAUCACAUCUACUUGAGGCACUAGAUUCUGGAGCACCACCACAUGGUGGGAUUGCACUGGGUUUGGACAGACUGAUAGCUCUCAUAAUUGGAGCAUCAAGUAUCAGGGAUGUCAUUGCUUUUCCAAAGUCCUUCAGAGGCCGUGAUCUUAUGAGUAAAGCACCAGACUGUGUCAGUCCUGAAGAGCUUAAUCCAUAUCAUAUUCAGGUGAACUGGCCAACAGAAAUACAUAAAGUCACUGCUAAGGCAUGAUUUACUGUAGUGACUGGUAAUACUUAAAAGCAAACAUGCACUGGAUGUCAAAUUGGAAUUUGGAUCAUGUUUGUUUACACCAUUUCUAUGGCUCGGCACCAACAAAAAUCAUUGAAAACUGAUGGCAGGAGCAACUAUCGCUGUGGUGGUAUGUUUAGUGUUUAUAUUGAUCAGAUUUCAUUUUAUGAAUAAUGUUUCAAAUUAUUGGCCAUUUAAAGUUAAUUAAAUUAUAGGGUCCCUGACUUAGAAAUGUGAUCCCAUUAAGUGUUGUAAAUGUAAAGAUCGAACACAAGAAUAUUUCCUGUGCUUAUGAACAGCUGUUUUAUAUUGUGCUGCAUUGUGUUCCAACUCACACACAAAUCGACUUGCAAACAAGCUCAAGAGUGGAAGUCAUUCAGCAUUGGGGACUGCCUGCACUAGAAAAUGUUCUUUUUUUAAAAAACAAAAGGCCGUACCUCAGUUUAAACUAAAAGAUUUUGCUUUAUAAGCAUACUAGACUAUGUAGGUUUUUCCAAAGACCUGGCAUUACGUCCCAUGCAGGUCCAGAGGAUAUUGUUUCACUUCAGUGCUUGAAAGUAGUUAAUGUUUUCAGCCAAAAGGCUCCCUCUCUGAUCUGGCCAAAAUAUAUUUAGCUUUUACAUUCAGUGGGGGAAGCAUCAGAACAUUUUAUUUUUAUUUUUCUUACUUUUCUUUCAAAAGCACUGUAGCAAUAGUCCAAAGUCACACAACACCAGGUUAUAGUCCAACAGGUUUAUUUCUUCACCUGAUGAAGGGACAGUGCUUCCAAAGCUUAUGAUUUUAAAUAAACCUGCUGGACUAUAAUCUGGUGUUGUGAGAAUUUUGACUUUGUCUACCCCAGUCCAACACCAGCAUCUCCACAUAAUUGUAGCAAUACUGGCCAUGUUUGUUCGAUUCUUAGUAUAAUAUACAUUAUUUCCUAUUUAUUAAGUCAUGGAUCACCAUGACUUUAUACAUAAUACUGCCCCUGUUCAUCUGGUACAAAAAGCCUCAUCCGUGUUUUUGUUACCUCCAGCCAUGACUAUACCAACGCAAUCCUAUUCGAUUCUCAGGCUGUAUAUGCUCUUUAAGCUCAGACAUCCAAACCUCUGCUGUCUGGACCAUAUAAGUUGCACGAAGUCCUGUUCACCCAAUACCCAAGUACUUGCUGGCCUACGUUUUAUCUUGGCUAAAUCACGUCAUUUAAAAUUUUCAUUCCUAUUUUCAAAUCCUUCCAUGGCUUUACCUGUUUCUAUCACUGUAUAAUCUUCUCCCACACUCCUCUAAGUCUAACCUUUUUCAGCAUCCCCAGUUUUUAAUCCUUUCACAGUGAUGGUCAAGCUGUCAGAUGUCAAGUGACUAUGCUCUUUUUGACGGGAAAAAAAAUGCUGGAGAUCACAGCAGGUCAGACAACAUCGAUGGAGAGAGACCGAGCUAACAUGGUGGAAGAGUCAUCUAGACUCAAUGUUAAUUUGCUCUCUUUCCGUAGAUGCUGUCUGAUCGGCUGUGAUCUUCAGCAUUUGUUGUUUUCAGUACAGAUUCCAGCAUCUGCAAUAACUUGCUCCUGGACUAUGCUCUUCUUCCCUCCCUACACCUCAACGUACCACUCUUUUCUUCUUUAGUGAUACUUUGUCUAUACUUUUGUUCAUCUGUCUCAUUUUCCCUUUGGAUAUGAACUUUUAAAAAAGGCCAGUAUUCCCCAUCUGCAUGUGAAAAACUUUAUUUUCCCCAUUAGCUUACACUCCCAUAGUAGCUAGAAUUAAUCCAUAACUUCCUUAAUUAUAUGUUUGCAUUGUGGCCUUUUUCUGUGACAUGUAUAAUCAAUAAAAGCAUUAUAAUAUUG